AUGAAAUAUGUUUUAAAUCACAAAGAAGAUUGUUUUUUUGAAUAUUUUAUUGCGCAAAAACCUUCUAAAAAAUUUAUUGAACCAAUAAAUAAUCUUGUUAUUGAUAAAAUAAAUGAAUUAGAAGAUCAUGUUAAUAAAAGAGGUUGUUUAAGACUUAAUGAAAUAAAAAAAGUUACUGAUGAUAUUAAAUAUCAAUGUGAUAAGACUACAGAUGAUGGAUAUAUUAUAAUUGAUAAUGAAAUUUACAUCAAAAUGGUUAAAAAUUUUUUAAAAUCUAUAUUUUGGUAA